UGUUCCCCUUGGGUGCGGUCCUCCCACCAAUAUUCCACCCAUGUACUACCACCCCUCUCCCCUGUGUUUCCCUCCCCUGCCCCAUCACUCCAACACCUCCUUUGCUGCACACCCUAGAUCUAUGGUUGUCUUCCAAGCUUUGUCCUUUAUUUGGAAACUCGUCCUUUUCCUGAAUAAGGAUCUACGCUUUUGGAGUGCAGUAGACCAGCUGCUCAGAUUCCCGGGAGCAACUGUGAGGCUGGUAGCAAGGCAGAGCACUUCAGGAACCUCUUGUAAGGCAGAAAAAUUUUUCUUCAUAAAUGGAUGGAAUGUCUUCAGAGACUAAUGAUGAAAAUGACAAUACAGAGAAACCUGUUAGAAGACGGCAUUCCUCUAUUUUGAAACCACCAAGGAGUCCUCUUCAGGAGCUCAGAGGUGGGAAUGAAACAGUUCAGGAAUCCAAUGCUUUGAGAAAUAAGAAAAACUCUCGUCGAGUCAGCUUUGCAGAUACUAUAAAGAUAUUCCAGACAGAGUCUAAUAUGAAAAUAGUGAGAAAGUCAGAAAUCACAGAAGCAGAAGCAGGAGAAAAUGUUCUGAUUAUGCAGAAUAAGGAUCCAGAAGAUAACCCCUGUGAAAUUACUGGUAUGAACAGAUUGCUUUGUGCUCCCAUUCAGACCCAGAUGCAACAGAAAGAGAUUACAAUUACAGAAUACAAUCAUGAAAGGAAAGUUGGAAAUGACCAGACAGUCAUCUUCUCAGAUGAAAACCAGAUGGACCUGACAGCAAGUCACACUGUGAUGAUUACCAAAGACCUUUUAGAUUGUACCCAAAGUGAAACAUUCCCCAAAGUAGACACCACAUCAUUUUUAGCUAACUUAAAGCUCCACACAGACAAUUCAAGAAUGAAAAAAGAAUUAAAAUUUCCCAUGAAUCAAAACUCUUCUUCAGAAAAGAAAAUAAAUUUCAAUGACUUCAUAAGAAGAAUGAAAACAGGAAAAUUUAAUGCUUCUUCUUCUAUAGGACCUGAUAAAGAAAAUUCUGAGAUAUCUAUUCAUUCCAAAGAAUCAAGUCAGACCUCUUCUAUACAUCAGAAGCAUGUAUCCCCUAAUGUGGAUGAAAAUAGCGGUAAUAUGACUAGAAUAUUUCGAGAGCAAGAUGAUGGAAUGAAUUUUACCCAGUGUCAUACAGUCAGUAUUCAGACUUUGAUUCCCACAUCCAACGAGAUGAGCUUCAGGGAAUUUAAAGGUGAUAAUACUGUAAUUUACGGCAAUGACUUUAUGGACUUGACAGCUAACCACACUAUGCAGAUUUUACCCUCCGAAGAGAAUUUAUCUGAAUUAGAAUGUCAAACUCAGAAUGUCUUGAUGGAUGUUACAACAGGUUGUGGAACUAAAGCUCCAGGAGAAAAAACGAUUUUUAAGAAUAAACCAAAUGCUGCUUUUCAAGAACCUUCCUUAAACCUUAAAGGCAAAAUAAAUAAUACUAGAAGUCAUACUGUAGGAACAGACAUUCAUACAGUCACACAGACUUCUAACCAAGAUGCUGAAACAUUGAUCAUGAUCCCAGAAUCUCUAUGUUCCAGUCCAGCUAUUCAGGGUAAUAAGACAGUUUUCUAUUCUAGUUGUAAUGAUGCCAUGGAACUCACCAAUUGUUUCUCAGGUUUGAAAGGGGAGAAAAAUUUGCUAAAGCAUGAUAAUAAUUAUUCUAUUGUAUAUCCUAAUUCAGAGGAAACCAGCAUGGACAUUACCAAGAGUCACACAAUUGCAAUAGAUAAUCAAUUUUUUAAAGACGAUAAGACAAAUAUACAGAUGGCAGCCACACCAACAUCUGAGCAAGAGCUGAUGUUCCAAAAUCAUAUAACCAUGCCAGAGGAUAAGGAAAUGAAUGUAAAUUAUAAUUCAGUUUCUUGUGUUUCUGAGGAAAGAUUACAGCAUAACCUGGCAAAUCCUUUAUCUAUUUCAUUGACUGACAGAAAUACUAAAAUCUUCAUAGAUGACGAUAUGGAUUUGACUAAAAGUCAUACAACUAAUCUAAGAAGUCAAGUUUCUCUUGUACCUUAUAAUUUAGUUCCUGAGCAUACCAGAAAAGCUUUCUUUCCCAGCAAUAGCUCUUCAAAUGAAUGGAAAGAAAUGACCAAAAGUCAUACUGAACUGUUUCAACAGUCAAACAUAAUACCUAAAUACAUCCUAAAUGACAAAGAAAAAGAUCACAUUUUGAAGAUUUCACCCGGUCUUGAUAAAGAUUCUCCUCAAUCAGCUGAUAUUAACCAGGACAUAGCAAAAAGUCAUAAUCCUAUAUACUCUGAUGGAGAUCUUGAUAAACAAGUAGCACUGAGAAAUAAUAGUAAUUCAGUUUCAUAUGAGCAAUCUUCAUUUCCUGCUACAAAGCCAUUAUUUUCAUCAAAAGAACAAACUGCCAUAAAAAAUCAUAAUACUGCUAUUAACAGUCAUGCAGUGGAAUCUGUACCAGGCCAGCAUUCUAAACUGCCUGAACCACUAACAAAAAGUUCAGGUAGUCCCAUACCUGACUCUUCUCAUGACAAGACAAUUAUUUGUUCAGAUGAGGAGCAAAAUAUGGAUCUAACUAAGAGUCACUCUGUUGUCAUUGGAUUUGGUCCUUCUGAAGUACAGCAACUUGGUAAGACUAAUUUAAAAACCACUAACAGCCAACUAACAGCAGUGAACAGACAAAUAGCUAUGAAAAUUGAAAAAUGUAAGAAAGAUCUUAUAGAAAAAAAUGGAGUAUUUAUUUCUAAUGAGAUCAUGGGUGUAUUGGAGGACAAAAGUGUACAGGAAGCUGGAUUUCUGAAUAAAAAGCAAAAUGUCAAAAUGUGUGGAAGGAAAAGUAUUGGCAGACUAAAAAUUGAUAAGACUGUUUUGUUUUCAGAGGCUGAUGAGAAUGAUAUGGAUAUCACCAAGAGUUAUACAGUGGAAAUAAAUCAUAGACCUUUAUUAGAUGAAUAUGAUUCCCAUUUGGUAUCUUUGGCAGGAACAUCUAAAACUGUUUUGUAUACAUGUGGACAGAGUGAAAUGGAGGUCACUAGAAGUCAUUCAGCUGCCAUAGAAUGUGAAACUAUCUCACCAAAUAAAAUAGCUACAAGGCCUGUGGACAAAACUGUAAUGUUUGCAGAUAAUCACGAUGAACUAGAAAUGACAAAGUCACACACCAUUUUCAUUGAUUAUCAAGCAAAAGAGAAAACUGUGCUUCCAGAUAGACCAACCUUUGAGCUAUCCAAGAAGAAAAGCAUAGAAAAACCAACCGUGACAGCUACUUCUGUUGAGGAAAGUGCUUUCUUUCCAAAGAAUUCAGCAGGAAAAGUCAACCAGCUAACACUACCAAGGGAGUGGUCUAAUAGUGGUUCUAUAGAGAAAACGUUAAGAUUUAUAGGUGAUGAUAAUAUGGAAGUAUCUAAAUCAACCAUCUGGAAAAAUGAAAGGGAUGUACAAAAGUCUAGGUUUCUGAAUGAACCUCUAUCAGGAAAUAGUCAGAGGAGAAACCUUAGACUCAAGAAUGACAAGAUCAUUCCAUUUUCAAAGAAUGAUAAAAAUAAUAUGGAUAUCCAGAGUUGUACAGUGGAAAUAAAUAACGAACAUGCUCUGGAAGAUGGAGAGAAAUCCCAUUUGGUUCCUUUGGCAGAAACUUCUAAAACUGUGUGUACAUUUGAGCAUGAUGACAUGGAGAUCACCAGAAGUCAUACAACUGCCUUAGAAUGUAAAACUGUCUCACCAGAUAAAAUAACCGCUAUACCUAUGGAGGAAAAUGUGACGUUAGCAGGUAAUCACACUGAACUGGAAGUCACCAAGUCCCAUACUGUUUUCAUUGAUUGUCAAGCCACUGAGAAAUUACUUCAAGAGUGCCCUAAACUUGGAACAGUGAAAAGUAACGCCUUUAUUUCUUUUCCUACAGAUGAUAGCUCUGUUCAAGAAAUCACUAAAAAGCACACACUGGCUGUAGAAAACAAAAUUGUUCUUCACACUGAGCCAAAAAAGCUUGCUAUACCCUUUGUUGCUACUAAUGUAUCGUCUGGGGAUCAAAGGGAGAUAAAAACCAGCAAAUUCCAUAGCACUGCUAUGGAUGAAGAGGCGUUGGAAAAAGAUGUACACCUGGCCUAUCCAUUGGAAAAAGCCAAAAUUAAACAUUGUCUCUUAGAUAGCUCAAAGAGAAGAAAUGUGGAUUUUACAAAUAGUCAUGCAACUGCUGUUUGUGGAUCCAACGAUAAUUCUUAUUUACCCACUGUUAUUUCCUAUUUUGAUAAUUUAGAGGGGAAUGACAUGACUGAGUAUGGUAAAAAUAAGAAAGCCAGUAAUUGUCCAGUUCAAAAUGAUCUUGCUUAUGCAAAUGAUUUAGCCAGUGAACAUUAUUCAAAAUCUGAGGGACUGCCUUCCUCGGCUCAUUGUUCUUUGUUAGAUGGAAUAAAAGUUAAUCAAGCCAAUACUAAAGGACAGUUAGAGUCAGUGCUCGAAGAUCAAGAUCUGAUUAAGGAGCCCUCAAAUCUAGCCCAACUACCGUUUCCUCAACAAGGACAGAGUACUGUCAACAAAGAUGAAACAAUACUGUCUAAAGCUGAAAAUAACUUAAAUAUUACAGGAAAUUUCUCUGUACCCACAGGCAAAAGUGAAUCCCAAGUGUGCAGUAAUGACAAUCAGUUUACUACAGGUUGUGAAAAAGAACUGGAGGGAAACAUUCAAAUAGCUAACUGCAAUAUAGCUGCAGAUUUCUACAGUAACUCAGACUUGCCGAAGCAAGUUAUUCAAACUCAAGCCAAUCUUAGAGAAGCAAGUUUUACUAAUAUCAAACCAAAUCUGGAUAAUUUUAAUGGAAAAACUGAAGAAUUUUUAGGAUUCCAAACUGUUAAAUUACAACCUCCACAAUUAUUUGAAUUAGUAAAUAAGGGACACAAUGAUUUGAAUAUAGUGCAACCUGCAGAAAUACAUAAUAUUAACAUAGUGUGCAGCAAUGUUAAAGAUGACAGAGACGAAGAAAAAACUUGUCAUAAUGGAGGUGCAACCAACUCUGUACCUUUAACAAUUGUAAAAGAUAAAGUGAGGAGAUGUUCUUUGGGAAUAUUUUUGCCCAGAUUGCCAAAUAAGAGAAAUUGUAGUAUCAGUGGUAUUGAUGACCUGGAGCAGAUUCCAACAUACACAACUGGUGUGAAUCAUUCAGAAACUCAGCCAGCCUCCAAUAAAGAUUCAGGCAUUGGAUUUGUUGCAGCUAAACUGAACUUAAGUCCAUCUCAAUAUAUAAAUGAAGAAAAUCUUCCUAUAUGUCCUGGUGAGAUUAAUUCCUCAGGCUCUAUUGGCAUAGAAAUUGAGGAAAAGACUUUAACUGACACAUACCAAAAAGAGAUUGUACCAUCUGAAAAUAAAAUGGAAGAAACCUGCAACAGCCAAAAAAGAACCAGGGUACAAGAAGAUGAUGAUGUUCAGCAUGAGAAAAAAAUCAGAAAAAGUGAGAUUAGGUGUAGUGAUAUACCAGAUCAGGAGAUUUUUGAUUACCGUACUGAAAGGGAUAUUGAUAAAAUUGGCAACAGUGUAUUGAUAAAAAACCUGAGCAGGACUCCAUCCACUUGUAGCAGUUCUCUGGAUUCAAUCAAAGCUGAUGGGACCUCUCUGGACUUCAGCACACAUCACAAUAGUCAAAUGGAAUCACAGUUUCUUAGAGACGCUAUUUGUGAAGAGAGUUUGAAGGAGAAACUCAGAGAUGGGAAAAUAACUGUGCGGGAGUUCUUUAUACUUCUUCAAGUUCAUGUUCUGAUACAAAAACCCCGACAGAGCAAUCUCCCAGCCAAAUUUCCUAUAAACACACCACCUACUCCUGAAGACAUGAUGUUAAGCCAAUAUGUUUACCGACCCAAGAUACAGAUUUAUAGAGAAGAUUGUGAUGUUCUUCGCCAAAAGAUUGAAGAAUUAAAGCUUUCUGCAUUGAACCAAGAUAAAUUGUUGACUGAUGUAAAUAGGAACCUCUGGGAAAAAAUGAGAAACGGCUCUGAUGAGGAGCUAAAGGACUUUGGAAUUUACCUGAAUAAAAUAAAAUCACGUUUUACCAAGAUGACUAAAGUCUUCACUCACCAAGGAAAAGUGGCUCUCUACAGCAAGUUGGUGCAGUCAGCUCAGAAUGAAAGGAAAAAACUUCAGAUAUGGAUUGAUGGGAUGGACAACAUACUUAUGAAGAUUGAUAACUAUCUCACUGAAAUAGAAAUUGAAACGAAGAAUUUGGAAGAGAAAGACAAUCCUCUGGAAGAAUGGGAUUCUGAAAUGAGAGCUGCAGAGAAAGAGUUAGAACAACUGAAAAUUGAAGAAGAGAUACUUCAAAGAAAUCUUGCAGAAUUGGAAGUACAGAAAGAACAGAUCCUUAAUCAAAUAGACCUUGUUCAAAAACAAACAAAUGCAGCUGAAGAACAACUGGAUCAGUUGAGCUUGUCUGAGUGGGAUGUCAUUGAAUGGAGUGAUGAGCAAGCUACAUUCACCUUUCUUUAUGACACACUGGAACUCACUAUCACCUUUGGAGAGCCAGUAGUUGGUCUUCCUUUCUUGGACAAGGCUUGCAGAAAGAUUGUUGACCUGAAUUUUCAAUCUCUGUUAGAUGAAGAUAAAGCUCCUCCUUCCUCCCUUUUAGUUCAUAAGCUUAUUUUCCAGUAUAUUGAGAAACAGGAAUUUUGGAAGAAGAAAUGUACAACACAGCAUCAGAUACCCAAGAUGCUUCAAGAAAUCUCACUGGUAGUGAGACAUUGCAGACAUCUUGGAGAGGAAAUUGAAUUUUUAAAGAGAUGGGGACCAAAUUAUAACCUAAUGAACAUUUAUGUGAAUAAUACUGAGUUGAAGCUUUUAUUCUCCAGCUCUGCAGCAUUUGCAAAGUUUGAGAUAACUUUGUCUCUCUCAGUUAAUUAUCCAUCUGUUCCAUUACCAUUCUCCAUUCAAAAUCACCUUGGAAACAUUGGCCAAGAUAAAAUUGCUGUCAUUUUAUCUAAAGUGCCACUGGAGGACAACUACCUGAAGAAUGUAGUCAAGCAAAUUUACCAAGAUCUGCUUCAGGACUGCCAUUUCUGCCACUAGCACCAUGGACCAGAGUUGUAACAACCAAGCACGUUGCACUUAAUGAUUCUCUUAUGUCAUAGUCUCCAUUGCUAUUCAACUUCUGUCUUUAGGCAAUAGAAACCUAGUAAAAUUACGUCUGAUGAUGUAAUUUGUAUGGUUAGUUUUUAAACCUUUAUAAUCAGGAAUGGCAAAAGUCUUUAAAUAACCUGCUGUCAAGUUGCUAAUCUUUCUACCAAAGGUUUAAGUAGUAGAAUAUGUAGGGAAAAUUUCUCCUAAUUAAAAUAUUGCAUUCUUCUGUAGUACAGGCACUAAGGAGUAAUUUAUAAGCAUAUACAGAGGUGUCAUCACUAGCCAAAAAUAUUAGCUAUUUCUCCAUACAUAGACCUAUGAUUCUUAGGUUGUUUGGCUUCUGGAGUAAAGACUUGUCUGUCUACAAACUUCUCGUCCUCCUUUUUCUCCAUUAGAGAAUGUAUUGAUAGAGAAUAUGGAGUCUUUUCUUCGGGCCUUACCUUCUUUUUUUAUAUAAUAUCUUGUGUUUUCUUAAUGUAAUUUUGUAGGUAAAAUUCAUUUUGGCCCAGUUACAUACAUGUAAAUACAUUAUUUUUGUUUUCUGUUGUAGUGAGGAGAUACAUGUAUAGAAAUGCAUAAAGAUGUAUAGAAAGACACCCUUUUGCCUUGGCAGUUUCCUUCUUUCUGAAGGAUGUUUUACACCAAGAUUUUCAACCUCCUGUUAUUAAUUACACUUCAGACAGUGUCAUACCUAAAACAAUAGCUUUGUCAAUUUUUGGCAGUAGUAAAGAAUUUAACAUAAAUACUGGUUUCUUAAAUCACACUCACCUCAGACACAAAAAUAAGCAUGUAUUCAUUGAUAUUGAAUGUUUGAUAUUAUAUGUGAUAGAAAAAUAUGAAAAAAUGUCUACCCAGACUUUAGUCAGAUCCUGAUAACUUUGUUUCAUUUAUAUUUAAUUCUAAACUAAAAUACAUUUGCAUUUUUUAAUUAGGCUUAAAGGUUUGAUUUAUACUUUAUAAUCAAGAUAAAGUCCUGUGGGCCCCAUAAUUGUUCUCUUUCUUCUCGUCUGGUUUUUACUUCUAAACUACUAAUCAAAAGAUCUAAUGGUCUUUUAAACUCAAAAGCCACAUAAAACUCAUUUGCCAUAAAAUCUAGAUGUAGAUGUGUUUUCUAUUUCCAUGAACUCCUUAAAAAACAUUUAAAAUAAUCAAUAUCUGUUUUCCAUGAAACUCACAAUUAUUUUCUGAUUGGAGUUGUUUUAUUUCUUUUCUGUAAGCCUAAACUAAAAAGUUCAGUUUUACACAUUUCAGUAACCUGAAUGGAUCAGCUCCAGGAAUGAUUUGACUUGUAAUGAUGGUCUCAGCUUUCUUGGGUUUGGUGUACAUAAUUGUAAUAGUUACCUAGUUAUUUGCAUUUGUGUCUGUUCAACAUAUUAUUUGGAAUUUCAUGGUUUUUUUGCACUAUUAGAAUAAGUUUAGCUCUUUGUGGAAUCAAAGCUGCAGCAGAGUUCCGGGUCUCUGGGCCUUCCUGUCCUGCUCCAGACUGCUUUUGUCUCAUGCUGAGGAACAGGUAGGUCAGGAAGCCACACCAUAGCCAUUCCCUUUAUAGACAAGACAACCAUGGAACCAGAGGCGAUAAUUCCCUGGAAAUUACUCUAGCCCCAAAGUGAUAUCUUUGGAAAAAAUGUGUGUGCUGACUUGGUCAGAUGUCCAGAGGAAAAGAAUCUUAAAUGAAAGGAUCAGUUCAAAUGCCUGCCAAGACUCUGAGAAUCACAAGAAAAUCCCCAUGUAGUGAAUAUUCUAAGACUUGGGAUCCUUUUCAGAUGAGGAGCCACAAGUGACUCAUUAACUUGCACAGUUCUUCUGAGAUUGUUUAGCAGAUUUCUUCUAUCAGUAUUGAGCCAGGAGUUAAGGUUAAAGUUACCAUUGUGAAUGCAUAACUCAACCUUUUUAAUAAAUUGAUAAUCUCUU